AUGGGGCCUGCUGAUGAGCAGCCUCAUUCUUCCGAUGAUGAGUCUACCAAGGAUUCAACUAUUCCCGAAGCGGCUGGGCUAGAGUGGCAUCUCAAUGAGGCAAUUCGAAAAAAUCACCGCGAUGAGCUAGAGGAACUUCUAGACCAUAGAGAUGAUAUUCUCGAUAUACCGUUACAGCACAAACUUAGUGAAUAUCGCGAUACUAAAACACUAAAAAUCCCUCCACUAUCUUUAGCAGCGAUAUUAGGUCAAACUUCGAUUGUCGAACUUCUCCUAGAACACAAUGCAAAUGUGAGCGCAGAAACUCCAAAUCUUGGUGGAACGGCACUACACUUAGCCGCCCGGUGUAGUUCCAAAGAACUCGUGGAGUUGCUUCUCAAUAAAGGAGCAGAUGUAGGCCAGAAGGAUGAUGAUGGCCAUUUGCCUUUUCAUUUGGCUUCAUUGUACGGUCGGAAGAAGACGCUACAGAUUCUAUUGGAACGAGGGUCGAAGGAACAUGUUAACGAGCCCAUUAAGAAGUUAAAUGCGCCACUUCACCUAGCAUCUCGCAAUGGUCAUUGCGACACUGCAGAAUGGCUCCUGGAUUCGGGAGCAGUGAUCGACCAGUCAGGCCAGGACGGGGUGACUCCAUUGCACUUGGCAUGCAGUUAUGGCCGUUCCAAGGUAGUGGAAAUGCUUAUUCGCCGUGGAGCAAAUAUUCACAAGAGAGACGAUACUUUAUGCUCCCCUAUCCACUACGCAUGUGAGUUUGGGCACGAGAAGGUCUGUAGGAUACUUCACAAGAAUGGCGCAUCGGUUUCAGAUAUCGAUGCAAAUCACGACACUUGUCUCCACAUGGCGGUCAAGUAUGUUACGAAAUUCUCAGAAGCUUACAAGUGCCUAUUGCGGGACUUGGUUGAGGCGGGAGUAAAUAUCAACCAGCCCAAUAUAAAUAGAGACACGCCUCUUAUGUGCGCUUGUACGAAGAAAAAGUUCAAGACCGUCGAAUUACUCCUCGAUCUAGGUGCCGAUAUUAACUGGGGAGGAUCUGAUGGAGUUACUGCUCUUAUGGAGACUUGCUCCAAAUCAGACGAUAGCAAGGUUGCUCAAAUACUUCUGGACCGGGGAGCAGAUGCUACGAUUAUCAGUAACGCUGGCUCAUGUGCGAUGGGACAGGCUUGCAAAUAUAACAGGAUCGAAAUUGUCAGAACUUUCAUACGCAAGAAAGUUCCAAUUACGUUUUGCGACAAGGCCAAACCCGGACGCACACCUUUAUUAAUUGCGGUUCAAAAUUCGAGUAUGGAUGUCGCGUUGGAAAUUUUGGGGACGCCGGUUUAUUUCCCACCAAAUCCAGCUAGGGAAAAGGCUUUCACGGAGCGCAGUGUAAGCAAGGCUUCCGUUGAGGAGAUUGAGGACGGGCUGUUGAAGAAUUUCAAAAAGAUCGAUGACCCGGAACACGAACAACUUCCGAUAAUCUUACACUGGGCGAUCGCCAACGAUGCUCCUAAGUUGGCCGAGCGUUGCAUCUCUCGAAACCCACAUCUACUUCGGUGGAAACGAGAUGGCGCGACUUGGUAUCAUGUAGCGGCUCAAUAUGGACAGCAUAGCUUGAUACAGCGUCUCCAAUCCGCGGUCGAGAAGUCGAGGACGAGUGACGAGGAAAUCUCUCUUCAUGAGAUUGAUAUACUGGCCAUAGCAAAAGGGAAUAUUACAGCGCUGCAUGUGGCAGCCGCUGACGGAAAUGUCAAUACCACGAAAUAUCUUCUGGGAAUGAUACCAAAGCAGUCUUUGAAAGUUGCUGCGAUUUUAUAUCAGAACAGCCAGGGCGAAUCUCCUCUCACCUUAUCAAUCAACCGAAGACGUCGAGAUUUAGAAAAUUUGUUCUGGGAUGAAAUUCGAAAACUUGGUACUACAGACAAAGACUACAUGCGAUCUAGUCCGGGAGAAGCCAGCAGGAUCCUCGAGUUACUCGCCAAGUAUGAAGCACCCGGUCGUGAAACUGUCCUCGAAGAACUGCUAAAGCUAUGGUUUGUGGAUGAAAAACCCGAAGUUCAACAAGAUUUCACAACUCUUCAUUGGGCAGUCCAUCGCUCCCAAGCUGUUUUGGUAUGGUGGUUAUUAUCAAAAGGCGGGUACUCAUCUGGUUACGCCCUUGAGUCCGCUCGGAAACUCGUGCCAGGCCCGUACGAAAAUACCGAUGUUCGAAGUCAUAUUCGAGAGUUACUCAUACAUCCACCGCCAUUUCUUGCCCAGGUCGCAAAUCCGAACGAUGACGAAAUAGCUUCAAAGCCAAAGCUCAUGGAUGAGAGCAACCCCGCGUUAAAUAUACAAGGGAAUAUUAUGGAUAUUUAUACCGCUGGUGAAAUGGUCAGCAUUCCGUACACGAAGGCUAGUAUCCGCGAUAUUAUAUACAACAAGGGCCCGGAGGCCCUCAUGAGAAAUUCCAGAGAAAAUUGGGAUCAGCGUGAUUUGGAUGACCUGAAGAGGAAAUUGGAGCCCCCUGUUUAUGACCAAGACAAGGAAAUUUCUAGUCUUUGCUCGAGCAAAAACGAAACUCCGCAUUAUUCAUCCCAACAGGACGCGGCCGAUUGCGAAGAGCGUCUGGAUGGGGUCACUAGGGUGUUUAAGCUCCGCUGGAUUCAUCUUCCAUUUAACGAGCUACAUUUAAUGGGGGAUCUCGUUUGUCGGUUGUCGUACGACUCGAAACGACUUGAAAUCGACCAUAACGCUUUGAUGAAGCAGUUCAAUCGAAGUUGGACCGAAUUAGCAGCUGGUGGAAAACGAAGCUACAUGAAGCCGCAAUGCACACGCAAGGAGAUUGACCACAAUAAUCGUCUGAGCGAUGAUCUCAGUAGAAGUCGACCUGAAGGGGAGCGUAUCACGUGUAUGGCUCUCUAUAUGCCUUACCUUAGCUUAGGGAGCUAUAACUCGAAAACCCGUACCGAUGAAAACGUCGAGCAUGGGGAGGGGAUAAACAGCCGUAACUCGAGAAGGGUUAAACACAAACCCAUGACUAUUGACCAAUAUUACUACCCAACAAUUGCUGAUACCGAUAAGAGAGACAAUGAUCAAGUCUUGUCGAAAUUCUUGAAACAAGAGGAACAAGACGAAAAGACGGUGUUGAUGGUGAAUCAAUUGUGGAUAUGGAUCAUUGAUGAGAAGACGAUCAUUACGGCGACGACGGAGGAUUCUAAUGAAGAAUACGCAUCUUAUCUGCUUAAGAAUACUCUGGAUAACAUAUUAUAUGGGGAAAGUCGAAGUCAGUUCGAACGUGCUACGUCGGUUCAGUCCGUGGUGGAGCUGGUUCUUGAAGUCGCAACUGGGUCCUUCACGGAAAAGUUCAUACCUAUCCCACAUCCGACACAGCAAAUCGAGAAGAAGGGACCUAUUGAGAUAUACCGAGAGUCGAUUAGGAAUGUGGCUGAUCAUGAAACCCAACUUUUCCAAGAUUUCCUGGAAGGUCUACGGAACGAAGCAAAAGCACAGGGAGAGCUUCGACCCGACAGCUCAUGGCUUACCUCGCGAGCUGAAAAGAAAGCUAGGAAUCGCUACCACAUUAUUUCAUCCGAAACGGAGCUUCUUGAGAAGAUACGGGAUAUGCGCGAUGAACUUCAUAUCCUUAGGUCCCUAGCAGAAGACCAAGAUGAUGUGUGGAAACAAGCGAUUUCUCACGACCAUCAGAGAGCUCGCCUCCCAUACCAAAAUUCGUGCACACCUAGCGACGUCAAGGAGGAUAUAGAUGAGAUGCUCUUAGAAGCAGAGAAAACGACGGAUUAUAUCAACUCUCUUCUUGACUUGCGACAGGCGGAAUACAGUCGAGUGCAGGCGAAUGAUUCAGCCAGACAGUCCAACAUCAUAUUCAUUUUUACCAUCAUCACUAUCAUCUUCCUUCCCCUUUCGUUCUUAUCAUCCCUCUUCGCACUUGACGUAUCAAAUUUCCCGCACGAUCCCGACUCCGGCAUGUUGAAAUAUCAAGGGUGGUGGAUAUUCCCCAUUAUGUUCGGCGUAACGCUCGCCGUCUCCGGUCCUGUUAUCCUCAUUGCAUGGAAUGUAAACGAUAUAUCUGAAUGGCUUCGGUUAUGGAAUCAACGUGGUUUGAAGGAGAAAAGUGCACCUCCUCCAGAGGCUAAACAUGAUAUUCUGGCACAGUUAACGCAGGCGCGGAAUCUUGGUGGACAAUUGAAACGCAGAUGGCGUGAGCGUCAUAAGGAUGCGCUUCCGCGACAUGAGCGUCAUUAA